GGCGCCAAGGGACCAGCAUGACCCCAUCUCCAUCGCCCUCUCCCGGGGCCAGGACUACCCUGGUUACUGAGGAUAUAGUAGUGCUGGUGGUCUACUUUCUUCUCGUGCUGGGAGUGGGCCUCUGGUCCAUGUGGAGGACGAAGCGCAGCACUGUGGAUGGAUACUUCCUGGCUGGGAAGAACAUGACCUGGUGGCCAGUGGGUGCCUCCCUGUUUGCCAGUAACAUUGGCAGCGGACAUUUUAUUGGCCUGGCAGGGUCAGGAGCUGCAGCAGGAAUCGCAGCAUUUUCAUAUGAAUGGAAUGGUAUGCUGAUGGUGCUGCUGCUGGGAUGGCUCUUCCUGCCCAUUUAUGUUGCCUCUGGGGUAACAACAAUGCCAGAAUACUUGCAGAGGCGAUUUGGUGGGAAAAGAACCCAGUUAUUUAUAGCUGUGCUGUCCUUGUUUAUUUACGUUUUCACAAAGAUAUCGGUGGACAUAUAUGCUGGUGCGUUGUUUAUACAACUUGCCUUACAGUGGAAUAUCUACCUGGCUAUAGUGGUGCUGCUGUCAGUCACUGCUCUCUACACUGUUGCAGGUGGCCUGGCUGCUGUCAUCUAUACGGAUGCUGCUCAAACCGCCAUCAUGCUGGCAGGAGCUCUCACCCUCAUGGGCUUCAGCUUUGCGGAGAUCGGAGGCUGGAACGCUCUGAUGGAGGGAUACGCCAACGCCAUCCCUUCUAUCCGGGUGCCCAACUCGACCUGCGGCAUCACUCGAGAUGACGCUUUCCACAUAUUCAGAGACCCUGUGAACUCCGACUUGCCUUGGCCUGGGGUCAUCAUCGGCAUGUCCAUCCCCUCCAUGUGGUACUGGUGUUCUGAUCAGGUGAUUGUGCAGCGCUCCCUGGCUGCUAAGACCCUGACCCAUGCUAAAGGAGGCUCCCUGCUGGCUGCUUAUCUUAAGUUUCUGCCCUUCUUUGCUGUUAUGCUGCCUGGCAUGAUCAGCAGGAUACUCUACACAGGGUUAAGGGGUCUGAUGAUGGCGGUGAUGAUCGCUGCCCUCAUGUCCUCUCUGACCUCCAUCUUCAACAGCGCCAGCACCAUUUUUACCAUGGAUGUAUGGAGGAGUUUCAGAUCCCGUGCGUCUGAGUGGGAGCUCAUGAUUGUGGGCAGAGUGUUUGUGCUGGUGCUGUUGGUAGCCUCCAUUCUGUGGAUUCCUGUUGUUCAGGCCAGUCAGGGUGGACAGCUCUUCAUCUACAUCCAGUCCAUCAGCAGCUACCUCCAGCCCCCAGUCUCCAUCAUCUUCCUCACGGGAUGCUUCUGGAAGAGGACUAAUGAGAAGGGUGCAUUCUGGGGCCUGGUUAUCGGCCUGUUGGUGGGCUGCAUCCGCAUGAUUUUGGACUUUAUUUACCCUGCACCCCCGUGCUACGAGGAGGACGAGAGGCCUGCGGUGUUGAAAUAUGUCCAUUUCCUCUACUUCUCCAUCUUGCUGUCUGUCAUCACCCUGGUUGUGGUGGUUGUGGUCAGCCUGUCCACAGAGGAGCCCGCACCAGAGCAGAUUAGUCGCCUUACCUGGUUCACAAGGUUUGACCCAGUGGAGCCCAAGCAGCAUGUAUUCACAGUGAAGCGGAGCAGUAAGACCUUCGACGUGAUCACUGUUCAGACGGCUGACAUGGGAACUACAGGAAGAGAGCAGGAGACCAGCAAUGGAAAAGCGUGUCAUGACAGGAAAGACUCUUCAUCCUCUGUGUCCUCCAGCGUCCACAGCCAGUCCAGGCUGAUGUCUGCCCUCUACUGGCUGUGUGGGAUGGAAAGACGGAAGGACGGAGAGGACAAUCCUGUGACUCCUCCUGCACCUGAACAGGCCUGUUCUCUGAAAGAAAAGCGACAUCUACGACUCAUUGUAAACGUCAACCUUGUCAUUUGCCUCUCUGUAGUUGCCUUUUUUGUUGGCUACUGGGCCUGACGGGACAGGUACGACACUCUCAAUGGACACACGGUGUGUGGUUUGGGUGAAAAGUUUAAGUGUUUUGUGUUAGUGUUUAAGUUCUUUGUUGAAGUUUGACUUUCUUCCUGUUAAAUUGAAACAAUAAAACGGGAUGUGAAGUGUGA